AUGUCGUUCAUCAAGAUCAAACACAAGAGACCAUACCCUGCCAUCCUUCCCUCGAGGCCAGAACUGUCUCAAGAAGGACAGACCAUCCUCAUCACUGGUGGUGGGGCUGGCAUAGGCUAUGCGAUCUCCAAAGCGUUCGCCCAAGCCGGAGCGGCUAAGAUAGUUAUCGUUGGUCGCCGCUUGGACGUGUUAAAACAUGCUACUGUCAAGAUAAAGCAAGAAGUCCCUGAAUUCACUGGUCGCCUCUCGGCACUCAAGUGUGAUGUGUCCGACCUGAAGAGCACGGAGGAAUUGUGGAACGUACUGCAUGCCGAGAACAUCAUCAUCGACGUACUUGUUCUGAAUGCGGCGGUCAUCCAAACCACUGGUCCUCUUAUCGGCACAGACCUGCAGCAGAUCUGGGACGAGUUCAAUGCCAAUGUACGUGGCACCAUCGACUUUGCCCAGAGGUUCUUCAAGCAAAGUGAGGUGAAUCCGAACGGACACAGGAAGGCAUUGAUCAACAUUUCUUCUUUCUCGGCAUACGAUUUCGAAGUCCCAGGUUUCAAGCCGAACUAUAACCUGACCAAGAAUGCCAGCACACUGGCUAUCCAACAGAUUGCGAGAGAUGUGCCAGUCCAAAAGGCUCAGAUCAUCAGCUUUCACCCAGGAGCCAUCCAUACCGACGCCGCACGUGCGGCUGGGUACACUGGAGAUUCUUUGCCAUGGGAUGACGAAGAUCUUCCUGGAGCAUUUGCUGUCUGGUGUACGUCUAGUGAAGCUCAGUUCUUGCACGGGCGUUUCGUUUGGUCCUGUUGGGAUGUUGAAGAGAUGAUUCGAGGCGAGGUUGGUGUGAAGGUGGCACAAGACCAGUACUUCCUCCAGAUUGGUGUGAAUGGGUUGGAGGGUACGCAGCCUCAGUCAAAGGCUAUCAAGACGUGA